GGGCCCGGAGAAGACAUUCUUGGCGCCGGGAGAAGCAGUGGAAAGAGGCGGGCGGGAAGAGCAGCGAGGCGGCCAGGCGGCGACCCGGAGAGGGGCCAGUGACCGAGCCAGGGUAAAGAAAUUCAUCAGCCAUGGAUGUGUUCAUGAAAGGACUUUCCAAGGCCAAGGAGGGGGUCGUAGCUGCUGCUGAAAAAACCAAACAGGGUGUGGCAGAAGCAGCAGGAAAGACAAAAGAAGGUGUUCUCUAUGUUGGCUCCAAAACCAAGGAAGGAGUGGUGCAUGGAGUAACUACAGUGGCUGAGAAGACUAAAGAGCAAGUGUCAAAUGUUGGUGAGGCAGUGGUGACAGGAGUGACAGCGGUAGCCCAGAAGACAGUGGAAGGAGCAGGAAACAUUGCAGCAGCCACUGGCUUUGGCAAAAAGGAUCAGUUGGGCAAGGGUGAAGAAGGAGCCCCACAGGAAGGAAUCCUUGAAGAUAUGCCCAUGGAUCCUGACAAUGAGACUUAUGAAAUGCCUUCUGAGGAAGGAUACCAAGACUAUGAACCUGAAGCCUAAGAAAUAUCUUUGCUUCCAUUCUCCUGAUAUCUGCCGACAGAUAUUCCAUCCUGUACAAGUGCUCAGUUCCAAUGUGCCCGUCAUAGCACUAUCUAAGUUUUUACAGUGUUUUUUGAAGUCUGCCAUCAGCUGUGAUUGGAAUUUCUAUACCUGCAUAUCUAUACUUAGCAUUUCAGUACUUACCUUUCACUGAAAUGAAUAUGCAGUAGCAGGGUCCUUGUGUGCUGUGGAUAUUGUGGCUUCAAAUAUAAAAUGUUAAAACAAAGUAAAUAAACACCUAAGUGACUACCACUUAUUUCUAAAUAUUUGCUAGUUUUUGUUGUUGUUGUUGUUGUUGUUGAAAAGCUGUGAGUGGUUUACUAUCCUCUAAAAUUUCUAGGAUCAUUAAUCAUUCUUUACAAAAGUAAUGAUGUAUUGUGAAACUUGUUAAUAUAUACUAAAAAUGUGCGCAUGAAACUAUGUACCUACAAAUAUUAAUAAGAAGAUUUUAACGUUUUGUGAUGUUUUAUGAACAUGUGUUUGUAUAUAAAUGGUGAAGUUAAAAUAAAAUGUUAUCUGACUACAAAAUUAAA